AUGAGCUCGGCUCCAAGCCCCACUCCACACACAACCACUCUACCACUAUCUCCACUUAAUGUUAUCACAUCUGGUCUUCAACUUCCGUCAAUUCCCGUAACUUUAGACGAAUCCGUAAUGCAAACUUGUCAACAGACAAAUCUUGAGCUUUUACUUCAACGAGUCGGUUUAUAUGCGACUACCGGCUUUCAACUUCCAUUCGCACAACUUCCACAGACUUCACUUGUUUCCCCACUUGAGCUCAACCAAAUGACUAUUGCUGGUUUUUCUCAACUUGCUACCUCGCCAUUAAGCAAUGCUUCAACGUUGUCCACCCCUUCUCUAGCUGCUUCAACUCCAACGAUGACCACGGCGCCGAUCAACGCUUCUCAAAUGCCCACUCCAUCUUUUCAUCUACCACUUCCACAAGCUAAUCUCACGUUGGCUUCUGGCUUUGUGGCGCCUAUUCCACAAAUCAUUACACCAAUGCCGUCGGUCUCGGUCUCUCCUCCAAAUGCUUCAGCUUCUACUUCUUCUAUGCCCCAGACGAGCUCCACAAAACUUCGUCUACUUCAAAGGCCUUAUAAGGACGAGCUAGCGGUUCCUAGCUGUUCUUUCAAUCGGCGACAAUCUGCUCCUGAACAGUCGAUUCAAAUCAUCUCACGUGCUUCUGAAAGACGACGCUAUUCUGAUUUCUCGAUUGACGCCCUUUUGAGAGCGCCCGCACAGCAAAGAGCGCUCCGGGGAGAUGAGAAAAAGAACAAUCGAAAACAGCGAACGAUUUAUGGGUUAAGACAAACGGAAGUUCUGGAGGAGGCCUUUCACUCACAGCGCUACAUGGUUGGAACAGAACGGGAAACACUGGCAUCGAGACUCGGGCUCAGCGAGGCGCAGGUUCGCGUAUGGUUCCAGAAUCGGCGCAGUAAACAACGCAAAAUGAAUCGACAAGCUGGCCAAAGCGAACAACCGGGAAGUCGACUC